CUACUAUUUCUGGUUCUUACUUGCUUCCCUGUCGCAAUACAAAAACUUGACACACUAGCUCAGACUUGGAACCUCAUUAAACCAAGUAUGAAUUUGUAAAAUGUACCCUCUCUUCAUAUAAUCUUCAUCCCAAUUCAGGUUGUGUGGUUUGAGGAGCAGAAAUGGACUCAUCAAGUUCUGGUUAUAACCAAAGGAGAUCACUUGAUGUCUUUGACCCGAUAUUGACUCGUGAAGGUGGAAAGUCGGCUAGUAGUAGAAAUGAGGGUAUUGAUGUGCAAGAAAUUUCAGUGAAAGGGGUGGAAUCUGGGAAUAUGCCAGGAACAAAUAAGCCAAUGAACAAGUGGAUGGCCUUUGACCCUAAUGGAAAGAAAGGAGAAAAUAAUGGCGAUGCAAAUAGUCAGAUCCCUAGUGAAACUAGCAUAGUAGCAAGGGCUGCAGAGUGGGGAUUGACAGUGAGGACGGAUGUUGGAGACGGUAGCUUUCACGCAAUUAGCAGAAGCGGAGAGAAUUCAUUUGCAGAUGGGGAAAGAGGCAAGAAUUCAUUGGAGAAGUAUUCAGUCGGAUCAACAAGGACAUCCGAGGAGUCAUGUGAAGACACUAAACUUCCUAGAGUUUCUCAGGAGCUGAAGGAUGCAUUAGCAACACUUCAACAGACAUUUGUCGUAUCUGAUGCCACAAAACCAGACUGCCCUAUUGUUUAUGCAAGCAGUGGCUUCUUUACUAUGACUGGUUAUUCUUCGAAGGAGAUUAUUGGAAGGAAUUGUCGGUUCCUACAGGGGAAAGAUACAGACCAGAAAGAAGUAGAUAAAAUCCGAGAAGCUGUGAAAACAGGGAAAAGCUACUGCGGAAGGCUCUUGAGGCUCUUGAACUACAAGAAAAAUGGCACUCCUUUUUGGAACCUGCUAACCGUCACCCCCAUAAAAGAUGACACCGGAAAGACAAUCAAGUUUAUAGGAAUGCAGGUGGAAGUGAGCAAAUACACUGAAGGGAUCAAUGAGAAAGCAUUACGACCAAAUGGAUUGCCCAAGUCUUUAAUCAGAUAUGAUGCUCGUCAGAAGGAAGAGGCUUUAGGUUCCAUUACAGAAGUGGUGCAAACCGUGAAAAAUCCACGCUCUCAUAUGAAGUCCACGAGUCAGGAUGCUAGUUCCAGAACUGAUAAAGAGAAGCUACAAUUAGAUUUUAUGCUUCCUAAGUCUGCUGAAACUGAAAGCAUGAAAACACCUGGCCAAUAUACACCUCAGUGGGAAACGACGAGUGAUAUGUCUGUUCAGGACUCAGAUAAAAAGUCUAGAAAAUCUGCACGUGUUUCCUUAAAGGGGUUUAAAGGAAGGUCCUCUAGCAUCUCUGCGCCGCUAGAAAAUGAACAGGAUAUUGGACCUGAAAUACUAAUGACGAAAGACGUUGCACGUACUGACAGUUGGGAGCGUGCUGAAAGAGAAAGGGACAUACGUCAAGGAAUCGACCUUGCGACAACUUUGGAGAGGAUUGAAAAGAAUUUCGUGAUUUCAGAUCCCAGACUUCCUGAUUGUCCAAUUAUAUUUGCUUCAGAUAGUUUUCUUGAACUGACGGAAUACACACGUGAAGAGAUCUUAGGAAGAAACUGCCGAUUUCUUCAGGGACCUGAAACAGAUCAAGCAACAGUUCAAAAGAUACGAGAUGCCAUAAGAGAACAAAGAGAAAUUACUGUGCAAUUAAUUAAUUAUACAAAGAGCGGGAAGAAGUUCUGGAAUUUAUUUCACUUGCAACCUAUGCGUGAUCAGAAGGGAGAACUACAAUAUUUCAUCGGUGUUCAGUUAGAUGGAAGUGAUCAUCUGGAACCACUAAGAAACCGCCUCUCAGAACAAACUGAACAAAGCAGUGCUAAGUUGGUCAAAGCUACUGCAGAAAAUGUAGAUGAAGCAGUUCGAGAACUUCCUGAUGCCAACUCGAAACCUGAAGACUUGUGGGCUUUGCAUUCUAAACCUGUCUAUCCACGGCCUCAUAGAAGGGAUAGUGCUUUAUGGACCGCUAUACAGAAGAUCACUGCAAAUGGCGAAAGAAUAGGGCUCAAUAACUUUAAGCCCGUCCGACCUUUGGGUUGUGGAGAUACUGGGAGUGUCCAUUUGGUGGAACUGAAAGGUACAGGAGAACUUUUUGCUAUGAAGGCAAUGGAUAAAUCCAUUAUGCUCAACCGUAAUAAGGUACAUCGAGCAUGUGUUGAAAGAGAAAUCAUAGCUCUCCUUGAUCAUCCUUUCCUUCCAGCACUAUAUUCAUCAUUCCAGACAGAAACACAUGUUUGCCUAAUAACAGACUUCUGUCCUGGAGGAGAGUUGUUUGCUUUGCUUGACAGACAGCCUAUGAAAAUAUUUAAAGAGGAAUCAGCAAGGUUUUAUGCAGCAGAGGUCCUAAUUGGCUUGGAGUAUCUCCAUUGUUUGGGAAUAAUAUACCGGGACCUGAAACCAGAAAAUAUCCUACUUCAGGCAGAUGGGCAUCUCGUAUUAACUGACUUUGAUCUUUCUUUCAAGACAUCCUGUAAACCUCAAGUUAUAAAGCAUCCUCCCUCAAGGAGAAGGUCUAGGAGUACUCCACCACCAACAUUUGUCGCAGAACCAAUUUCGCAGUCAAAUUCAUUCGUUGGUACUGAAGAAUACAUAGCACCGGAAAUCAUCACAGGAGCUGGUCACAGUAGUGCAAUUGAUUGGUGGGCUUUAGGAAUCUUGCUUUAUGAGAUGCUCUAUGGGCGCACACCAUUUAGAGGAAAGAAUAGGCAGAAGACAUUUGCCAACAUCCUAAACAAGGACCUCACCUUCCCUAGCAGCAUUCCGGUGAGCCUUGCAGCUAGACAGUUGAUCCAUGCUUUGCUAAAUAGAGAUCCAGCCAGCCGUUUAGGAUCAAAUGGCGGUGCAAGUGAGAUCAAAGAUCAUCCUUUCUUCCGUGGAAUAAAUUGGCCACUAAUUCGCUGCAUGACUCCACCACCACUAGAAGCACCCCUUCAGAUAAUUGGAAAAGAAUCAGGCACCAAGGAUAUUGACUGGAAUGAUGAUGGGGUACUAGAUCAUCCGACGGACUUAUUCUAGAGGAUUGUUUUCUAUCAACCGUAAAAGACAUGUAUCUGGAACUAGUUAUGAGCAUUUACAAAGGAGGGACAUUCUUGAUUGAUGAAGGAAUUUCAUGUUGUAUAGAAGCAAGUUUUAGCCCUUUAAGGACCUUGUUCUUAUUAAGUUUCGACGUACUAAAGGAAGGCUAUUUACAUAGAAUUUGUAGAAUGGUGUGAGUAAUAGGGAAACCUUGUAGGUUUUGUUGGUAAACUUGUCUAAUCUUGUAUCAUAGGAUAAAGAUGUAAUUGAGUCAAAACCAAUAAGCUGCUAUCUUGUAAACUAAAUCAUAUAUAUUGUACUGUAAGCAGCUUCAACCAAUUAUUAUUAUGCAAAAUAAAUUGAUAAAAUCGAGCUAUGAUCAUUGUUUUCACGCA